CCAAUGCAGUUAGUUGAGUAGGAAAUAUAAUAGUUUUAUCACAAAGUUAUUUAGAACUCACGCAUUCAUCUCAUUGUUUUAUUGAUAACGGUGUAUUGUGUGGAUACUGUUCAUUUUAUCAGUAGAUUCGUGAUAUUCGUAACGAUAUAGGUAUUCUUGAAAACAAUAGUACAAUUUGGUUUGAUAGGAGUGGUUUGUUGUGAAAAAUGCGCUCACGCCGAGCACAAACGAUUAGUAAAUAUAGGUAACGUGAGUCAUUGACGUGUGUAACAUGUUUUCAUAGUUUAGUAAUGAGUGCCAAGGUGACGGGUGGUGGGUGAGGACGCGCCGCAUCCGCAGUUUAUCUCGGCCGCCGCGCCGGAGCUCGCAGCUACUUGUCGAGGACCACCGUAGGAGGGAUACUUGUCGGGAUAUCGCAGAACAUGGCAUACCCGAGCGGGCCGCCACCGGCACCCCCAGCACAGUCGCUGGGCUCCACCAACACUGUGUUCAUCACUGAGACACGCUUCGAUUUCUCAUACAUUGUCACUCCGCCUGGCAUCAUUAAAGCUGUGCUUGUUGUGUUGAACUUGCUGUGCUUCAUCAGCAUCGAGGCGAGCGCGUUCCGCUCGAACGGGCGCGGCGUGUACUUCGUGUUCGUGUCGCUGGUGGGGCUGGUGUUCACCGGCGGGCUGCUACUCAUGUACCUCUACCACGUCGUCGAGAAGUACCACAACUUCAAGUGGCUCAAGGUGGAGAUGGUGGGGUGUGUGGUGCUGACGUUCCUGAACCUGAUCGCGGCCACGAUGGCGGUGGCCUUCGGCAACGCCGCCUACUCCGCUGCGGGGUUCUUCGGGUACCUGGCGAUGGUGUUGUACGGUGUGGACGCGUUCCUGAAAGCCAAGGCGCUGAAGGCGGGCGAGCUGGCGCAGGGCUGCCGCGUCCACACCAAGCAGACGCACAUCACCACGCCGCCCGCGCUGCCCUAGUCACACUGAGGGCGUCGGCACCGCGGCGGACCGGAACUCGAUUUCCACCGGCUUGUUUUUCUUCAUCCAGUUGAGUAGUUUUCUGAGUCUUAUGAAGAAAAACCAAAUAAGCUCCUGCUUCUCUGCAAAUACUUUAGACGCGUCGUUAUUGAUUAUAUACCUAGGUACAUACCCCACAUAUUAUCCUACCCGUUAGUGUCGCCGCGCCGCUACUUGCGUGUCCAACCACUGCGAGCAACACUCGUUCACUGCAUUGACUAGACUAGAGGUCGGAUAGAUCAAAUCAAAAGCGUUGUAAUUAAAAUAUAAAUUGAUGUAUUACUAAAAUUAUUCUCUAGUUCAGUUACCUGAGUAUAUGUUCGGUCAAGGUCUUCCUUAGGGUAAUGGCCGCGACUGUCGUCAUCGUCAACGAGAUCACAAAGUUUUAAAAGGCAUGCUGCGCGUUAAGCCGGCCUUUUACCUUUUGAAUGAUAUUUCUUUGGGAACGGGAUCCUGAAGUGUUUAUUGGAGUGGAGGGUAACGUAUUUAAUAUUUAUUAAGUAAUUCUUGAUCAGUUGUAAUCAUGGAAAUGUGUACCUCAAAUGUACUUAUCUAAUUUAUGUUAGUUUUAAGCGAUGAUAUUAUUAUUGUUUGUGAUAUUCGUUAAUAAAUCACUAAUUACUUACUUGUAAAUAACGUUAGUUAAGUUAAAAUAUUACCUACUUUACCUUAACAUAUCUUCAUAGGCAUUUAUUAACUAACUAUGAGAUUUUAAGAAUACAAAACCUCUAAGAAUAAAAUUGUAUGAAACCAGAUAUCCAUUUCUUAAUAAUGAAUUGUAAGUAGUUUUGUUUUUGACUGUAUUUUGUUUCUUAAUUAAUACAAACGAUAAUUUUAUUAAUGGAUCUUCAACAUAUACCUUCACCUGUUCUUAUGGACCUUAUAGUUUGGUGGUGUUCCACUCCAACUACUUCUGAUGGUCAUCUUAAGUAGGUACUUACCUACCUCUAUGAAUUAAUGUACAUCCGUCCGUACUUGUUAUCUUAUUAGCUCAUGUUUGUGUCAAAUAUAAUGUUUACACUAUUGGUCCAAUCUUAGUACAUUGCACACAUUUUAUAAUAUUUUACAGUAUAUUUUCAUGGCAUUUAUUUAGCUAGCGCAGCCGCGAGCUCGGUUACAUACAGGCCGUCGCAGAGUAAAGUCGUUGACAAUUUUUACAAGUUAGAUAAAAUUGAUAUACAGUUAUGGCGAGUCACAUUUCUUUCCUUGUUCUCCUGUAGGUAGCAUUUUGAUUCGUUUUGGAAUUGACACCAAGCCAAGUAAAUAAGGCUAAUUGAAACAAGUGUCUAUGGGAUUGAUUGUCUGUGUGAGAGUGUGCGGAAUUGUUUUCUAAUGUUAAGGAAUGUUUUAUUAAUACUAUAUAUGUCGUUUUAUCACGCUCAUAUUUUAGCCAAAUUAGCUAAAGUUAAUCUUUAGAUAUAGAAAUCCAUCUCUUUCUCAUAUUAUGUACCACUCCAUAGAAAUAAGUUACGUUCUUAUUUUAAGGUCUGUCGUCAACUUGUCCUGACUCGCUCGCUUCGCUCUCCUACACCUUACACACACACACACACACUCUCUCACAUACACACAUUCAUUCACAUACACACCCUCACAUGCUCACUCUCACACAUUUUUAGGGUUCCGUAGCCAAAUGGCAAAAAACGGAACCCUUAUGGAUACGUCAUGUCUGUCUGUCUGGUGUCCGUCCGUAUGUCACAACCACUUUUUUCCGAAACUAUAAGAACUAUACUGUUGAAACUUGGUAAGUAGAUGUAUUCUGUGAACCGCAUUAAGAUUUUUACAUACAACUAGAAAAAAAAACAAUAAACUUUGGGGGUUCGCCAUACUUAGAACUGAAACUCAAAAAAACAUUUUCAUCCAACCCAUACGUGUGGGGUAUCUAUGGAUAGGUCUUCAAAAAUGAUAUUGAGGUUUCUAAUAUUAUUUUUUUCUAAACUGAAUAGUUUGCGCGAGACACUCCCAAAGUGGUAAAAUGUGUCCGCCCCCGCUGUAACUUCUAAAAUAAGAGAAUGAUAAAACUAAAAAAAAUAUGUGAUGUACAUUACCUUGCAAACUUCCACCGAAAAUUGGUUUGAACGAGAUCUAUUAAGUAGUUUUUUUUUUAAUACGUCAA